AUGCGACGAUUCAGUCUUAUUUUCGUGAUUUUUGUGCUUAGCUUGUCUCUUGUAGAUUCAUUUCACGCAAAAAAUGAGGAUUUAAAGAAACUUACCGGCAAUGUUGAACGUCGUGAAAAGGUUAAAGAGAUGAUGAUCCAUGCAUGGUCCAAUUACAAGAAAUUUGCAUGGGGCGCCAACGAACUAAGUCCAAUGUUCCAAAAAGGUCAUAGGAAUUCAGUUUUUGGUUCGGCAAACAUUGGAGCGACAAUUGUCGAUGCCAUGGAUACACUUUAUCUCAUGGGUCUCACGACAGAGUUCAAUGAAGGUCGUGAAUGGAUUGCCACGGAAUUUAGUUUGGAUCGUGUCAAUUAUAGCGUGAGUGUUUUUGAAACGAACAUUCGGUAUGUCGGAGGAUUUUUGUCGUUAUAUGCUCUUACCGGAGACUCGUUGUUUAAGGAAAAGGCCAAAUAUGUCGCCGAUAAGUUACUUGUGGCUUUUGAUACUCCAACUGGCAUCCCUUUUUCGAGUGUGAACUUUAUGACGGGUGAAGUAAAGGAAGAGCAAUUUAUAGCAUUGUCUGAAUUUGGAACUCUUUACUUGGAAUUUGCUUAUUUGAGUGAAAUCACAGGCGAUGAGGUGUACAAAAAUGUGGUAGAUCGGAUCUAUGACACUCUCGAAGCAGUUCAUGAUCCUUCAGAGUUGCAUUCGACUCAUAUAAACCCAAAAACAGGAAUUUGGAAAGAAGGUAAUUCCGCAAUGGGUGCCUAUGGUGACAGUUUCUACGAGUAUCUCCUCAAAGCUUGGAUUCUAACCAAAAACGAUCGUUUCAAAGAGAUGUUUUUAAAAGCAAUGAACGUUACAACCAAGAAGCUCCUUCAAAGGAGUAAAACUGGACUUGUUUAUUUGGCUUCCAUCAAAGACGGUGAGCUACGAAAGUCCAUGGAACAUCUUGCCUGUUUCACGGGAGGUCUUUUUGCCUUAGCCGCUACUUCAAUUCCUGAAACUAAAAUACUAGAUUUUAUGGAUUUAGCUAAAAACAUUACUCAUACCUGUCACGAGCUCUAUAGAUCUACGCCAACGGGACUUGGACCUGAAGUUUUCCACUUUGAACCAAAAAUAGAAGUUUUCAGUGGUUAUUACGCUUUAAGACCUGAAACUGUUGAAAGUUAUUUCUAUCUCUGGCGAACGACAAAAGACCCCAAAUAUCGUGAAUGGGGAUGGCAGUUUGUUGAAAGCCUGGAGAAACAUUGUCGAUCGCCUUUUGGAUAUUCGGGCAUCUCGAAUGUUUUUGUAGCACAUAUUCCUUUGUAUGAUCUUAUCCAGCAAAGUUUUUUUCUUGCCGAAACAUUGAAAUAUCUGUACUUGCUCUACUCGGAUGACUCGUUGCUGCCUUUGGAUAAAUGGGUUUUCAAUACUGAAGCACAUCCUUUGCCGAUUUUGAAUGAACAUCGAUUGAGAUGUAGAAAACCAAAAAUAUUUUAA